AUGGCCCUGAAAGGGCUGGAUUUGGCCUUUCUCCUGGUCCUUGCCCUUCUGCUGCUUGCACAGGGACAGAAGGACGAUGAUCCCAAGAAUCACGGAGCAACCAAGGAAGCAGAAACUUGCCGAAGGCCUCGCUGGGGCCGAGGACUCCAGCUGGCACCAGACCAAGAUAAUUACAAGAAGAAUGAAGAAGUGAAGCUGAGCUGUCCCCAGAGUUUCCAUUCAACCUUCACCCAUGCCAAAUGUACAGGAAAAGUCCUGUCCAUCAGCAACGGGAAACCUGUAUACAGAGAAGCUUGGAAUGGAAGGGACAGCAGAGGCAGAUGGAUGAACAUCCAGCCCACAUCCAAUGUGGAGUGCUUGGACAUUCUCCAGGUUGUUCCUGGGACCCUGGAGAUCUCCAGCACCAGCAUCAAACUGAACUGGACCUGCAGGCUCCCUGACGUCUGCCAGCACAUUUGGGCCAGGUGCCGACUGGAAGAGCUUUCCUCCCCUACCUGUAAAGUUAAGGAAGUGAAGGGAGAGGAGAAACUACACGGCUGGAAGGGAACAUUUGCCUGUCCCGCUCUGCAACCCUUCACUGUCUAUAGUGUCACCAUCUCGCUGCCACCCAGCACAAUCCUGUACACACGGCUCCUCAGGACAAAGGAAAUGGUGCCGGACAAACCAGAGAAUCUGUGGCUGGAUCCCAGCACGGGGUCCCUCAAGUGGAAUGCGCUGCCCUCCUGCAAGGGGGAGAUCAUCGGAUACCAGCUCAACAUCACGACCAGGAGAGCGCACGAUGAUGUCUUCCUCGAAUUCACGCAGGUGUUGGUGAAUGAGUCCGUCACUCAGUACACACCACUUCAGACACUUGGAAGCAAAUACAGAGUGACAGUGCAGGGCCUCACGGCAGCUGGUGCUGGGGCUGCAUCACUGCUGGAAUUUCAAACCUACAUCUCCGGGCAAUCUCUGGGCGUGUGGCCUGGAUCAACCGUCACAGUAGUGGUGGUGGUGGUGGUGCUGGUGCCUCUGUCUGCAGGGAUCCUGUGGUUCGUGCGGUCCAGGAAAAAGAAGGCCUUGCCCAGCAAAGCCGAGGAGGACCACUAUACAGAACUCCAGCCCUAUGAGAACUUGGAUGAUUACUGUGUGCUCAAGGGGACUCUCCGGCCAGAAGAAGCAGCAG